UUCGCGAGGAAAAUGUCCUCUUACUUCCUUCUUUGAGCUAUGACAAAAAAUCUACUGAAAAUACUGAAUGAUAAAUGGAGCUCUUAUAAAUAUAGAUUUGUUCCUUGGGUAGCCUUAAACCUGCGUAAAAAUGAAAGAACUCUGCGACAGGUAAAGGAGCGGUCCCAAGACAAAUUGGUACUGGACGAAGAAGUGCACGCAUCCUUACUUCACCUCUUUAGACAACUGUUUAAAAGUGACGUCAGGAGACAUGGGGAAGUGAUGCGCUUACUGCCACUUUCAUCCCGAAAUGUUUAUCAGAGCCAUGCUGAAACACUGAGAAGACCAGAUCGUCGUCAUGACCCAUGUGAAGUUAUGCUAGACUCAAUGGGAUUUAGCAUAGAGCGAAGGCCGAGCUCCAUGGAGUCAGCAGGAACAGGGGUCUUCGUUGCCAAGGGAAUGGUACCCAAAGGAGCGACAGUAGCCAUGUAUCCAGGCACUGUCUAUCAGACACACGAGCCCAUUUUCUUCCAGUCUCUCCGCAAUCCUUUUGUGUUCAGAUGCAUAGAUGGUGUGCUAAUAGAUGGCAAUGACAGAGGCAUUUCCAAAAUAGUAUACAGGUCAUGCAGUGGGAGGGACAGGCUGGGUCCUUUUAGGCUCAGUGACAUCACCUGGUUGACAGCCAAUCCAGACAACCCACUGGCGGUGGGUCAGUACGUGAACAACUGUUCAAAUGAAAAGCCAGCAAAUGUGUGUUAUCAGGAGUUUGACGUACCAGCGGAAUUUCCUCUUGAACUUCGUCAGUAUCUUCCAAACGUUAAUUACAGGCAUGACACACAAAUGCCACUAAGAUGUGUGGUUCUUGUGGCUUUGAAGAACAUACACUCAGGGGAGGAACUUUUCUCAAACUACUACACCAUUGUUCAUUAG